UUUAGUUAGUGAAAUAACUUCUCGCACGCAGACAAAAAUUUUAUCAGUUGAUGAAUUUUAUUUUAAAUCUUAGAUUUACGUGAUUUUAAGAACUUGAUAAAUAUGUGCAAGUUCUAUACGUGAGGUGGAGUUAUCCGAUUGUGCAAUACAUAGUGCGUGCACGUUGUUAUCGGCGAUAACCGAUGUGCGUUUGAAGAUAGUUCUGGGAAUGGUAUUGACUGCAUCGGAACUUGGUGAACACCAUGGCAAAGGAAAUAGCCGAAGAGUACGCUUCGAGUUUAUCGGACCUAACCGUAAACAGCAAACCUCUGAUAAAUAUGUUAACAAUUCUCGCGGAAGAGAACAUCGAGCACGCUGGAGUUAUCGUUGAAACAGUGGAGAAGCAUUUGGAGAAGGUUCCUGCAGACAUCAAGCUGCCCGUACUGUAUUUAGUUGACUCAAUUAUCAAGAAUGUUGGAGGAGCAUACACACAGAAGUUUUCACAGAGCAUUGUUAACAUGUUUACAAAGACUUUCAAACAGGUGGAUGAGAAAAUACGUUCACAAAUGUUCAAGCUCCGAGAGACUUGGCAUGAUGUGUUUCCAUCAACCAAAUUAUACCAACUGGAUGUUAAAGUGAACCUCAUAGACCCUGCAUGGCCGAUCCAAGUGCAGCCCCAGCAGUCUAACAUCCAUGUAAAUCCAAAUUUUCUGAAAAAGCCUGCCUCAGCGACCCCAACCACCAGCACAGGGGUUUUGACAGAGGAAGAAGAGAGGAUGCGCAACAUCCUUGCCAAGAAGGAGCAAGAGUUGCUCAUGUUGCAGCGCAAGAAGGUAGAGAUGGAGCUCGAGCAAACGCGUCGGCAGCUCCAGUUGGCAGAAAAGAUUACUAAAAAGACGCCGGUUGCGCCACCAGUGACGCUUCCAGUGGUGACGACUGCGGUCGCGAGCGUGGCGGUGGCACCGAGCGUGCCGGUUGUGACAACAAUGCCGGUCGCGAUGGUGAGCCCCGUAGUCGCUUCCGUGCCGACACAGCCCACGCUAUCCGUCAAGCAGCGACUUGGACCGCCAGUGAAUAAAUCGCCGGGGUCCAGUCGCAUCGCGCCCGUCAGCGGCGUGCUUGCCGCCGCAAGACGUGAUCCACGCCUUACGCGCCGACCCCCGGCUUCUCGAGCCGCACAACUCUCGCAACCCCUAGACAACGACGUCCCGCCCAUCGCGUCUAACGUGUUCGAUAUCAAGCCUCUUCAACGAGUCACUAAAAGGAAGAACGUCAUAACUAUCGAUGUUCGCCCCGACGUCGCCCGCGACCCUCGCGUUGACCGAGCCAGAAACAAAAAGCGCGAGGAGCGCAGGCUAGACAGGGAAAAAGAAAAACUAGAGAAGGAGAAAAAUGACGACGAGAAAGCAUCAGUCGCCGAUUAUAUCGACCGCCUACAGAUCCCCGACCCUAAAAGAAUCAACAAACUACCUCCCAUACCUAAAAUACAACGGAAUAAAGAAGACCCCCAAACUCCAAUGGUCAAGAAAAAGAAAGAUCUCCCCCGCGACAAAAAGAAGCGGAGAGAUGCCAAGGACAGCUCGAGUUCCUCCCCCGAGAAACGACAAAAAUUAAAAGAAAAAGACAAAAAGAUAAAAGCCAAAGAGCGUAUGGAGGUGGACGAGAAAAUCACUGAAUCAGAAGUCGUAGCUUUCAAGGAGCUCAAGAACUACCACAAGGAACGCUACAUGAGGCGGAACAAGGAGAAAUCGGAGAGCCCGGAGAUAACAGAGAAAGAGGAACCCAGUCCCGCCGAAGAGUCGACAAAUCCACCAGAGAUAGUUGCAGAAACAAAAGAUGUCGAUCUUCGGGUUUUACCCGUUAUUACAGAAACAGCUGCUCCUGUCGCACUCAAGAGGCCUUCGACGGAGUCGCUUGAAGGGAAAGUAAAAAAGAACAAGCUUGACAAAUUUGAUAUUCUAUUCGGCAACGAAGAUGUCGAUCUUCGCAAACUACCACAAGUUGAAGAAGUAAAUGCUCCGCCGCCGCCUUCCAUCACUGAAAAUAAUGUCUUAGCCGAAACAAAAGACGACAUUGCAGAUGAUAGUGACGAUAUGAUUGCCUCCCCUGUUAGAUCACCAAGAAAAGACUGGAACGAAGUUAAAGAAAAGGAAGAGCCCACAAAGAAAACUCCCUCGAAGUUAGAUCUUGUAAGAGCAAAAUUAGCGGAGGCGACUAAGGUUAAAGACGGACUCGGCCGACCUCUAUUGUUCAGCAAAUCACCAAGUGUGGAAAAGGAGCGACGUCGUACACUCAGUGUGGAAGAAACCGACGUUAGAACAGAAAACGCGGAAGAUUUUGAUGCGGAAGAUCAUAAGAGAACUAUAUCGAUAAUCAUGAAUCAGGCCAAAGAACAAUUUACGGACGGACAAUUGGAUAAGAAUCAAUACAACACUUUGAUGUACCAAGUCUUGCAACUAAAUGAGAAACUAAAGCUGAAAGAGGCGAAACAGAGGGAAUCUCUAGAAAUAUCGAAAAGAAAACUUCAAGCACAUUUGCAUGAGGAUAAUAAAGUACCCUCGCCGAAGUCUUCGCCAUCGGAGAGAAACAAUUUUGGUGAUAUUGACGAGAGAAUAAAACCACCUGUUUACGUGGAGCCUAUGCUUGAAAAUAACCAGAAUCACUUUCAAGAUUCGGAUAUGAGGAUGAAUCCCUUUAUAGAAAACAUGGAGAUCGGGGCACCAGGUGCGUUCCCUGGACCACCAAUGAUGCCCCCGAUGUUUAUGGGACCAUUCCCAAUGUGGAGGGGACAGAGGCCCAGAUUGGAAGAAUUCGGGCCAAGGCGUUUUAGAGGCCCUAUGCCACCCCCAUUCUUUAGAGGAAAAUUUGAUAAAAGACUUCCAAGGCCAACAUUCGAGCCUAGAAUGCCACUUCUUCCAGCCCCUACACUCGGAAUGUGCCAAGGAGAAUGCCCCUUAAAACGUUACGAACGUUCGCGUUCGCCGCCUCCACUUGGCACUCCCGGCUAUAUUAUUCCACCCACCGAUUUCAAUAUCCUGGAAUUCAUAGACAUGGAUCCUGUUAAAACAAUACAAAUCGACGGGAUACCUAGAGAGAUAAGAUUCUAUGGGGAGACAGCCAUUAUAAUGUUGGAUUGGGAUGAUCCCCGUGAGAUUAAAUUCUGGCCAGGUUGCCGGAGAGUUACUUUCGAUAAUAAGGAUUCUGUUGUUCUGUCGUUCAAUGAAGGUUAUAAGCAAGUCGAAAUAGAAGAUCAAGUAUUUAAUAUCAGAUUUGGAGCACCAACAAGAGAGUUGUACAUAAACGGUCGAUGGUACGAAUGUUUCUUUGGCGGCCAGCCACUAGGCGUGGUAAUCGAUGGGCAGCCUCGCUUGGUUCAUUUGGAGGGACCUUUACCUCAAGUAGAUAUCGGUAAAGAAAAGCGAACUGAUUUAGUUGCGGGAAAGAUAAACCUUAUAGUUAAUGCGACAAAUAUUUGUCCGGUAUAUUUGGACGCGAAAGUGCAGAAAUUCCAUGUAAAUGGAAACUUCUUUACGAUUCGUUUCGUGGAUGCUUUGCAAACCGUACUUAUUAAUGAGCAACCGUUUAAAGUUGAGUUUGGUGAUCUUCCGAAACCGAUAUUUGUUGGAGGGGAGAAAUUGUUUGUCCGUUUCUCGGCUUUGCCUAAGAAUAUAAGGCCUGGUCAAGUAGAGAUUGCUGAAAUGGAAGGAAGUGUAGGUACUUCUUUGCCUUCACUGGAACCACUAAUUCUAGAGCCAGAACCACAGAAAAAUGAUGUUAUUACUCCAAUGGAAACAGAUGAAAUAGCUCCGAUAGAAAUGCCACCAAAAGCACCUAGUCCCGAAGGGGAGAUGAAAGGUUUGGACAUGUUAGCUAGUCUGAUGCCAACAAGCAUGGCGCCCGCGUCCAACUCAGUAUACAGCUCAACCGAGCCAUUAUUUGCAAAGCCGGAUAAAAUACCCGGUUUAGAAACGCCUUCAGAAGAGAAGCCACCACCAAUUAUUCCAAUUCUUGGCAACAUAAACGUUAACGACCUGUACGCAAAGCUGGUGGCGACUGGUAUCGUGCCGCAGGUCAAUGAAACUAAGCAGGAGGUCAAAAAUGAUACCGAAGAAGAUAACCUUAAGGAAGACAAGAGUGUGAUGCAUAGAGUUGAUUUGCUUAAAUCACAAACACUUAAAGUUAAGCAACCGGCAAUCGUUGCCAAGUUAUACGGCGGGAUGCAAUGCAGCGGGUGCGGGGCUCGGUUUCCUCCGGAGCAUACGGUGCGCUACUCGCAACACUUGGACUGGCACUUCCGGCAGAACCGACGGGAACGGGAUUCAGCAAGACGGGCCCACUCCCGACACUGGCAUUACGAUCUCUCGGAUUGGCUGCAGUACGAGGAACUUGAAGAUCUUGAGGAACGUGAAAAGAACUGGUUUGAAACUGGCGGUGCGGAGGAGGAGCCCCCAAGCGACACGGAGGAGAGCCCGAGCGCGGCCGCCGGAGCGCCGCAGCAUCAUUGUGCGCUGUGUGGGGAUCGCUUCCAGCAGUUCUACAACGAGGACCGUGAGGAGUGGCAUCUACGUAACUCCGUGCGCCACGAGUCGCAGUACUACCAUCCGCUGUGCUUGCAGGACUAUAAGGCGUCCCUCACAAAAGAAGAGCCCCCGAAAGAAGAAGAAACGCAAGUGGAGGUCGAAGAAGACAAGGCAGCAGAGCCUAUCGAGAUCAAAGACAUAGACGAGGGAGAAGAGUCCGACGACGAGGAUGUGGUCGAAGUUGUGGAGCCCGAGCCAGUACAGCCAGUAGAGGUGGACGCUAUCGAUGAGGACGAUGGUGAUGAAGAUGACGUGGUUUUAAAAGCAGAACCAGUCGAACAGGUGUUAGUGGAGGAUGCGGAUACAGACGAUGAAACAGUGGCCGAACGCGCCACCCGUGACCGAACCCACCAGGAGGAAUUCGCUAAAAUCAAGGUCAAACAAGAGCCAAUCGACCCUGAUGAUGAGCCCAUAAUAACAGCAGAAGUAGAGAGCACCCCACCCACAAUCGACACAACACACAACACAGUGACGUCGUCUAUCGACGGCAACAUGCAACUCGAUGACGCGGCACCAGCAUCCGCCUUCCCCCUCGGGGGCAUCCGGAUCAACAUCUCCAAGAGCAUUCCAUCAUUCAUCAACAAUCAUGAUGACAAGAUGCUAGAAGACAUAAGUGUUGACGAGGAACCUUUGCCACCCGGUGAAGAGCCAGAAUUAGUGUAUAACUUGAAGCCCUCUUUAGAAGGUGUCCAGUUCAGUAGGCACCCACCCGUGCAAAAGGGAAGUGAACUAUCAGGGUUGUGUUCUAUAAUGUAAAGUUAUUUAAAAAAGCAUAACUUCCAAUGUGUUUUGUACUACUAUGCCUAUAGGGUAUUAGUCGUUAUGACAACAAGAAAAACUUGUAUCAAAUAACAAUACAGUUUUCAUAUAAAUUUGCAGAGCCAACCAUUGGUUGUGUUCACAUUUUACUAUGACAAUCGGGCCUCUAAUAUCCACUGCUACCUCGAAGCAGCGCGGAGGGUCUAAGAUCGAUAUUCCUUACUAAUACUUCAAACUCUUACUCAUUUAAACUUGUAAGAGAAAGCGGAAACUUUGUGAAAUUAUAAAUUGAUAGUAAGGAAUGUAAGAUGUAAUUUAUGGCCCAUAUUAAUUAUAACCGAAAUAGAGUUUAGAACAGGUUCUCAAGUUCUGUUAAAAUCUUAAGCAUAAAUUGACCAAUACUUGAGAACCUAUUCACAGCUUGAUUUUAGGUUAUUAAUAUGAACUUAGGCUCAUAUUAAUAACUUCAAAUGCAACACAGUGCAAGUAUUGUCCAUUUCACAACAAAUAAUAUGGUAUCAAUACUUCAUAUAAAGUAAAAGCCAUAUCUCAUAUCUCAUAUGAAAGCAAAGGCUUAUUUAUACCCAGCUGCGGGACAUAAGCAAGAUAAUUGUAUAUUUGAAUUAAUUUAGGUCUAUGAUAUAAAAGUAUUCUGUAUAGUUCUGUGAAAUUAAUUUUGUAAAUACUAAAUGUACGCCGCCAAUAAAUAAUCAUGUAAUUGAAGGAUAGCUAAAUUUAGUUAUGCAAAAGUGCUCAAAGUAUAAUAAAGUAAUUGCUAGUUCAAUUGUGUACCUGCAUGAGAUUUUUUUUUCUAAAUGUUUUUUUUUUUUUUUUCUAGAUGUUACCUGAUAUUAUCUCCGAAAAUAAAUUAAUAUUUACUUUGAGGUAACUACAAAUUCUUCUUAGUUACUGUUCUUUAAUAGCUUCUAUUAGUUUAAUAACAUUCAUCAUAAAAAGUUAUCUAAUAGAUGCUUAAAACUAUAAUAAACACUAAUCAAAUACAGACCUUGUUGUUUUACGUUUAGAUUUUCGAAUUUAUUUUCGCGUUACAUAGCGGCGGAACAAUGUGGUGCGUUAUGAUUGGCUAAAAUAUUUUCGCGCCUAAACAGAAUUAUAAACGGGCGUAGGUCGUCAGUAAUUUAUUAAAGACAAAAAAACCUGUAUUUUAAGGCAGAUCCACACAGUGUUCGGGCGUUGCGGUACCGGACAGCAUCGUGUGGCAUACCAUGGAUUUAUAUAUACCGAUUGUUAUAAGACGAGUUGUCUUCCAGUUUAGUAAGUUUCAAGCUCUAACCUUAAUCUUACAUACAUUACACAUUAUGCUGAUUUCUAAAGAGAGCUGAAGUUCUUAGUUAUCCCUUAUUUAACUUACUACUUUGACUAUGACUUUAAUCGAAGAUCACUGAAAUUAAAUUUUUCACUUGUGUAGAUUCUUUAAUAUUAUACCUGUGUAAUAAAGGAAUGCCCUGUAAUAUGAUAAUAUAUCGCAUAAAAUAAUAUUAUUGUCAUAUUAUUUUAUUGUUAUGAAAUAAUUAAAAGUCACAUUGACUUGUAGACUAAAAUUUUGAUGAUUGUUAAUUAUUUAAAUACAUUGUUAAUGGGGCUAAUUGGUACACAAAUCACUGAAUUAAUUUAGGCCUGUCAAUUGAGAGAAUUCUGGAUUAGCACCAAUGUAUAAUCUAUUAUAUUAUUUUACAAGUGUCUUGUAAAAUAUUGUGUCAAAUCAAUUUGUAUCACAUGAAUUAAUUCGCAAUAUUAAAAUCCCAAGUAGGUGUGAUUUUAUUAAUGACUACUUUAAUAGUGUAUAAUAAAUUACUAUUUUUUAAAUAAAUUGUGAUAUUAAAUUAAGGUACUUAUGUUCAUGAAAUAAUGCGAAUUUAAAAAAUUUAUCCGAAACACACGAUAGAUAUUUUCACGCGUAUUUUGCAAAUAAUUAGACGUCAUAAUUAAGGACUUAAGAAGUCGCAGGUUCAAUACCGGGUGAGGUCGCUAGUCUGGUAUGUGUUUUUGGCCACAGCCAGUUCAAGUUCUAUCGACACAGCCGAGCAAUUUAGCGUAAAAAGGCUUCCAGUUAAGCGGGCCUUUACUUUUUUUUUUCGGGCAUUUCGGCAUUAUCUGCAUCUAUAGCUUAGUUAUAUCUGUAACCGUAGCUCACUUUAAUUGUAUUUUUCAUAAAAAUGUAUAUAGAUGCGACUUCGUUCGCGGGGAACCCCUAAUGUACAACUUCUGAUACAUAAAUUAUUUCCACACGAAUUUUAAUCAGACUUUCUACACAAAAUAUGCUGACCUGCCGCGUCGCGUCGUCCCACCAACCUAUUACUUCAUUCGCUCGGCUCCUCUUCCUUUUAUUUAAGAAAAUCAUCAUUUGUAUAGUAACACAUUGAUGAAACUUUUUCAUUGUUAGGUCCCAAAUAAUCCUAUUACACAUAUGACUUCUGAACCUCUCAAAUAUGUCACCACUAGUUUCUACCGAGUCGAUUAUUUAUAUCAAAUAACUCAAUAUGCCACAGGAAAUCUGGCUGAAAUUGCACGCUGAACAAUCGGGCUCAUUUUUGCGGUAAUAAUAACCAGCUCUUCCGUUACUAGAUGAUGACACUAUUUGCGGCGUAGGAGCUUGCAAAAGUGUUUCACUUUAAAACUGCCUGGUUUGUAUGCGUCUCCAUCGAACUAGUCUACUAUGGCUCUAUGAUCUAACUUGUAUGCCGUGUGGUGACGGCAGAUAAGAAUACAUUAUCACCACCCCUCUUCUGCCCGUUGGUGUUAGGUUAGGUUAGGUUAGGUUAGAAAGGGAAUAUAACGGAGCAUUAUCCGUGCUACUACUACCAACUAAUGCUGUCACCAACCUGUCUGCUCAGUGAAGCGAUUACGAGCAAACCCGUUGCGAGAGGCAUUUAACAGCAGUGACAAGUUAUAGUCUGUUGAUGAACUAACUUAAUUAAAUUAAACAACCGAUGCGCUUGAAAAUAUCGCCGUGUGUUAAGGCUCUUUAUGUCUUACUGUUAGAUUUAAAGAUACUUGUGUAUUUUUUAUUUGUAAAUAUAAAUGUAUGAUAUAAAUGUGUCCAUAACUGUAAUG